CACCUUUACCUGUCUAAAUCGAUGGACGUGUUAGUUAGCUGAUAUUAGUUAUCUCAUGGAAAUUAAUGCGUGUAAUUGGCUAGUGUUUACUAGCUACUCUGUAAUCUAACUUCUUUAUGUUUUCGCCUUUGUAGAUUGUGUGGACAGGCAUAAGGGGAGAAGUUAAAAGAAAAAAUAAUUUCCAAGGUCAGCAUGUUUUACACCAAGCUUUUCACGUCAAAGCGUGGGCCGCUCGCUAAGAUUUGGCUUGCGGCUCACUGGGAGAAAAAGAUAACGAAAGCGCACGUCUUCGAGUGCAACCUGGAGAACACCAUCCAAGAACUGAUCUCGCCACAGAUUAAGAUCGGCCUACGGACGUCUGGUCACCUGCUGCUGGGCGUGGUGCGGAUCUACUCCCGAAAAGCCAAAUACCUCCUGGCCGACUGCAACGAUGCGGUCCUCAAAAUCAAAGUGGCAUUUCGUCCAGGUCAGACGGAUCUCCCCAGCGACAACCUGGAGGCCACCUUCAAGGUCAUCACUCUCGCGGAGGACUUUGCCGAUUUCAGCACCCAGCUCCCGGACAUCAAUGCCAUCGGAGUGGCCGACCAUUUCUCCCUGAACCAGUGCCGCACGGAGGACAUCACUCUGAAGGAGGACCUGGGAAACAGCUUCCUUCUGCUGCAGUCAGACUUUGGGGAGGAGUCUCACCAGCAGGGGGGCAUGUUUGACAUCAGUUUCCCCACUCUGGCUGAUCCCGGCGACGGCUUUGGGGACGAGGAGCUUGGGGUGGACUUCCUGGACUUCAUGUCGAAUUCUGCUGAAGAUGUGAUGCCAAUCAACUUUUCAUCUGACCACACUGAAAAAGAGAUGCCAGCAACUCCGCCUCCGACAGCCGUCACCCAGGCUCAUCCCGACAGCCCCAGCCCCACCCUGCGGCCCCAGUCCAAGGCCUCCUCACCGGACCAGACCACCCUGCUGGGGAACGAGGAGGAAGGCUUCGCCCUCGAGCCCGUCUCUGAAACACUCUCCUCGGAGAGGAAGAGGAUGAGGAGGAAGAGGAGGCUGCUGGUUGACCAGCUGAAGGAGCUGUCGAACGAGGCGAUCCGAGACCAGCUGACAGACACGGCCGACCUGCUGUGUCCCAUGGACAUGGCUCCGCCCACCCGCAGGCUGAUGGAGUGGAAGGAGAUGGGGAGCGUGCACAAGCUCUUACGCAGCUACUGCGUGCCGCCCGUGCACCUGCACCUCAAACAGCUGUUCCCCAGAGACUCGUUGCCGCGCCGAUCGGAGGCAGAGCGGGAAGCGGAGGAGAGCGGCCCGGAGCAGAUGAGGAGCCCGCAAAGACACAAUGCUGAGGGGAGCGGUGUGGCGUUUGGGGGCGACUGUAGCCUCCUGCAGGAAUCUCCGGACCAAAGCUCCAGGGGGCUCAGCCUCCACAAGACCCCGCUCCGAAACGCGCCCAGAACCAGGAGCUCCGCCCUGGCUGCCCCCGGGGAACAGCAAAGCUCACUGAUGGAGGUCUCGCUCCCGGACUUGCCCUCUGAGGACUCCAUGUGUGUGCAUCCACCGGAGCUGGAGAGGGAGCCUCUGCACACCCAAACCCAGACUCAGUCGAUGUUGGGCAGUCAGGAUUUUGAAGAGAAGAGGAUGAGCAGCCGGGCACAGGACCUCCUGCACUUCCUCAGAAGCCAGAGCAGCAGUGGGGGCGCGGCCGUGUUCAGCCUGGCUGAGCUGAGCAGGAAGUGUGGCCGCAUGCAGGCCUCCGCCACCUUCUUCAGCUUCCUGUUGCUGAAGAAGCAGAGCGCCCUGGAGCUGCACCAGGACCUGCCCUACGCCGACAUCACCGCCACCCCCGGGCCCACCUUCUACCGCCUUUAG